UAUUGCUAAAGAUGCUGCGUAUUGUCUUCAUUGUUAUCUGUUCAAAUCUAAUUUUGAUCAAGUGGGUGGUGAUGCAUUCACUGGAGUAGGCUUCAAAAAUUGGAAGAAGGCGAAAGAUAGAUUUAACCUUCAUGUUGGACCGGUUGGUAGUGUUCACAACCAAGCUAGAGAAGUUGCUUACAAUUUGAUGCAUCAAACUACACACAUUGAAACAAUUGUGAUCAAGCAAACAAGCCAAGCUCGCACGGCUUAUCGCACUUGCUUGAAUGCAUCACUUAAGUGCACUAGGUAUUUGUUGCGGCAAGGGCUUUCUUUUCUUGGUCAUGAUGAAAGUGCACAAUCAAGUAAUAAAGGGAAUUAUUUAGAGCUCUUGCAAUUUCUUGCGGAUCAUGAUGAAAAAGUUAAGGCCGUUGUGUUGGAAAAUGCUCCGGAAAAUUUAAAGUUAAUAGCUCCUUCAAUUCAAAAAGAUCUUGUCAAUUCUUGUGCUAAAGAAACCAUUGAUCUUAUCUUGAGUGAUGUAAAAGAUAGAUAUUUUUCAAUAAUGGUGGAUGAAGCACGUGAUGUUUCAAUAAAGGAGCAAAUGGCGAUGGGGUUGCGUUAUGUGAAUGACAAAGGACAAAUAAUUGAAAGGUUUGUGGGGGUUCAACAUGUAACCGACACUACUUCAAGUGCACUAAAGGAAGCAAUUGAUGAAUUCUUUUCUUCCGUGAAUUUGAGCUUUUCCAAGCUACGAGGACAAGGUUAUGAUGGAGCUAGUAAUAUGAGAGCACUUGUUGCGGUAGCAAAGAAAAACAUUGAUGUCAACUCUUUUUUCACAACGGCUAAUAGUUUGGUUAAUGUUGUUGGAGCAUCUUGUAAGCGUCGCGAUGCACUUAGAGCACAAUACCAAGAAGAGCUUGUGAGAGCUUUUGAAGAUGAUUGUCUUAUAACGGGGCGGGGCUUAAAUCAAGAAAGGACUCUCAAACGUGCCGGCGAUACACGAUGGAACUCACAUUAUGGUACGUUGAUUAGUAUCAUUUCUAUGUUCCCAUCUGUGGUGAAUGUGCUUCAAAUGAUUGUUGAUGAUAAUCCUAAUGAUAGGUCGGGUGAAGCCUAUAAGUUAUGGAGAGAAAUACAAUCUUUUGAGUUUGUGUUUCACUUAUUUGUAAUGAAAGCUAUAUUGGGAAUAACAAACACUUUGUCUCUAGCAUUGCAAAAGAAAGAUCAAGACAUUGUGAGUGCAAUGAAUUUAGUGAAAACAUGCAAGGAAAACCUGCAGUUGAUGAGGGAUAAUGAGUUUGAAGAAUUGGUUGAGCAAGCAUCCUCGUUUUGUUACAAACAUGAUAUUAUAGUUCCUACCAUGGAUGAGGAAUAUGUAAUUCCAGGGAGAUCACGGCGUAAUGCUCCAAUGAAGACAAAUUAUCAUCGUUAUCGUGUGGAGAUCUUUAUUCAUGUAAUUGAUGGGCAACUUGCGGAAUUAAAUGAUCGCUUCAACGAGCUAGUUCGUCUUGCUCAAUUUUAUCCUUAUGAUUUUUCGGAUAGAGACUUAUUGAUGCUUGAAGAUCAACUUGGUGUUUAUGUUCAUCAUAUGCGUUCGAGUAGUGAUUUUUCUCAAUUGGAAGGGAUUAGUAGUCUUGCGGAAAAAAUGGUGGAGAAAGGAAUGCAUGAAAUAUUUCCUUUUGUGUAUUUGCUUCUUACAUUGGCUUUGGUUUUACCGGUUGCAACUGCAUCAGUGGAGAGGGCAUUUUCCGCUAUGAAUAUUAUUAAAAAUCCACUUCGCAACAGAAUGGGAGAUCAAUGGUUGAAUGAUAGCUUGAUUGUUUACAUUGAGAGAGAUGUUUUUGCUUGUAUUGAUAACGAAAUUAUAAUGCAACGUUUUUAG